UUGUAUUUCGAAGCGUCGCAUUCCGCGCAACCGACGUGUUGAACCGCGUUGUGAAUCUGUGAAAAAUAUUUAAAGUAAAAUAAAAUAAAAUGGCGCCAGAAAUUAAAUACACAAAGUUGUUCAUUAACAACGAAUGGGUGGACGCUAAGAGUGGUAAAACCUUCGAGACAUACAACCCUCAUGAUGGAUCCGUUAUCGCCAGAGUCGCUGAGGGAGAUAAGGCAGACAUAGACUUGGCAGUAGCAGCAGCCAAGCGUGCAUUCCACCGCAACUCAGAAUGGCGUUUGAUGGACGCAUCAAAACGUGGAGAAAUUCUCCGCAAGUUUUCUGAUCUGAUAGAAAGGGACCAAACAUACCUCGCAGAGCUUGAAUCCUACAACAAUGGCAUGGUACUAAACCACGCCAAAACAUUUAUCGGUGGAGCUUUGAGUACCGUCAGAUACCUCGCAAGCUGUGCUGACAAAGUCACAGGAGAAACGAUACCUUCAGAUGGCGAAGUGUUCUCAUACACCCUGAGACAACCCAUCGGCGUGUGCGGUUUAAUCCUACCAUGGAAUGGUCCGAUCUUCAUCUUUGUUAGCAAAGUAUGCACAGCUCUUGCUGCAGGUUGCACCGUGGUGGUGAAGCCAGCAGAACAGACUCCACUAACAGCACUUGCACUUGCGGCAUUAUUAGCUGAGGCUGGUCUCCCCAAGGGAGUGCUGAAUGUUGUCAACGGUUUUGGACCUGGAGCUGGUAGCAGCCUUAGUCACCACAGCGACGUCGCUAAGGUUUCUUUCACUGGCUCUGUGGAGGUUGGAAAACUGAUCCAACAGGCAUCUGGUACCAGUAAUUUGAAGAGGGUCACUCUCGAACUUGGUGGAAAGAGUCCUCUUAUCAUCAUGAACGACGCUGAUUUAAACGUUGCUGUUCCCUACGCUGCUAAUGCAGUCUUCUUCCAUCAAGGGCAAAUCUGCAUCGCAGCUUCCCGUUUGUUCGUACAAUCUGGCAUCUAUGAUAAGUUUGUUGAAGCUGCUGUUAAAUAUGCGCAAAGCAUUAAAGUUGGAAACCCAGCAGACCCUACGACACAGAACGGUCCUCAGAUUGACGAGACCAUGAUGAACAAAGUUUUGGGAUACAUCGAGAAGGGAAAAAAAGAAGGCGCGAAGUUACUCUGCGGUGGUAACAGAAUCGGUACCUCUGGUUACUACAUCCAACCCGCUGUCUUCGUUAACGUCACUGACGACAUGACCAUUGCAAAAGAGGAGAUCUUUGGUCCAGUGCAAAGUAUUCUGAAGUUUGACACCUUAGAGGAAGCUAUCGACCGAGCUAACGCUACAAACUACGGAUUAGCAGCUGGAAUAUUCACAACCGAUCUUAACAAUGCUCUACAAUUCUCCAAACACGUUGAGGCUGGAACUGUUUGGGUCAACACAUAUCUGCAUUUCACACCACAACAGCCAUUCGGAGGUUUCAAAGAAUCUGGAAUUGGUCGUGAAAAUGGUAUGGAUUCACUGCUGGCUUACACCGAGGUGAAAACUGUCGCCGUCGCCUUACCAAAGAAAGUCUGAAGCAAUGUAUUUUAUGUUGCAAGUAAUUAGUUGUAAGACUCACAAAAUAGAUUAAUAUCAUGUAUUCAAAUUAUGUCUGUGUUGUAUAAGAAAUGUUA